AUGAUCUUGGUUUUAGUGACAAUAAUUUGUGGUAUUGGGGAAGCGGCUCAAGUUGAAUAUUUUAAUGUUAUGGAUUAUGGAGCCAAAGGAGAUGCCAUUACAGACGAUUCUGUGGCAUUUUUAAAGGCAUGGAAUGAUACAUGUAAUUCCGAGACCGAUGAACCUACUAUGGUUAUUCCAAGAAGGCAAUUUUUCUUGCGACCCACAACCUUUCGUGGUCCUUGCAAGUCUAAAGUUCAUUUUGCUUUUUUGGGAGUUUUAUUUGCACCUUCUGGUCCAAAGGAAUGGAAAGAGUUGAAUGAUACUGUGAAAUUUAUAGAAUUUGAGUAUGUGAAUGGGCUCUAUAUACAUGGGGUUGGCCUAAUAAAUGGUCGUGGAAAGGGUUGGUGGGAUAUCUCAUGCAGAUAUCAUCCUGACCUUAAGGAAUGUGGCAAAGGUGCACCCACGGCACUCAGAUUUCAUAAGAGUAAUGAUAUCCACAUGAGCCAGAUUAGAAUAAUUGAUAGUCCCCAAACCCAUAUUCUUUUACUGGGAUGCAAUGAUGUUGAAUUCGAAGGCCUAUUCAUAAAAUCACCAGAUGGAAGCCCAAACACUGAUGGAAUUCAUAUUCAAGCUACAAAUAAUGUAUUCAUCAACAGUUCCUUUAUUGGCUCUGGUGAUGAUUGUGUCUCUAUUGGAGAUGGAAUUUCAAAUGUAAACAUCACUUAUGUCACGUGCGGGCCGGGUCAUGGAAUAAGCAUUGGAAGUUUAGGCGGAAGUGGAAAUGUGGUAAAUGUAUCAAACAUCCAUGUGAGGCAUGCUAUCUUCAAUGGGACACAAAAUGGGGCACGAAUCAAGACAUAUCAGACUGGGAGAGGUGAAGUUCGGGAUGUUGAGUUUUCAGAUAUAAAAUUCAUAGACGCUGGAAAUCCAAUAAUCAUCGACCAAUACUAUUGUGGCAACCCCAAUGGCUGCCCACCAACAAAUGUUGGAGUACAAAUAAGCAAUGUGAGCUACACAGACAUGUAUGGGACAUCAAAGGCCGAUGUAGCAGUCAAUUUUAAUUGCAGUGGAAAUGUUGCUUGCACCGACAUCAAAUUAGAAAAUAUCAACUUGACAUCUUCAACAAUUGGGAAGCAAGUCACUUCUAGUUGCAACAAUGCUUAUGGAGAGGCAAAAGGAACGAUUGAACCCAAGUCCUGUCUAAAUUCGAAAACUUGA